UACAAGAACAAGAUUGGUGGCUAUACUUUCCCUAUUUAAUAGUGUUAAAUGAUGCUUAGGAUCCAUUAUUAAUUAUUGUAUGCCAUGCCCCCCACCCCAUCAUCAUGCUUUGUUGCUGUAAAUCUGAAGUUCUAAAGAACUUGUCCCCUGCCUUAAUCUCUUGAUUUGCUGCAGAAAUGUAUUGGUUCUGUGAAUGUGGAUUUGAUGCUGCAAAUGGAGGUGCCUAGAAAGCGUCCUGCUCAGAAGAGAGCUACUGUGAAGCCAAUCAAGCCUGAAGCUGUGAUUGUAAUCAGCCCUGACACUAAAGAAGAGGUGAAGGAAAAGAACAGCCUCCGCAGAAAGGCAGCAGCUGAAGAUUCAUUCUCGAAGCAAGGUCAUUGCUUUGUAGGCCUUUGCCUGCUGAUAUAGGAAGGUGUACCUGUGUUAUUGUGAAGGAAACAUCCCCAGAUGGGUUCAAUGGAGGCACUCUCUACUCACUCUACACCUAUCCGACCUGAUCGUAUUCUGCCAAUUGCUGAAAGAUUUGGCAUGGAUGCCGGAGCUGUUCUUGACAAUAUCAUUUAUGCUCGUGCAUACACAUAUGAGCACCAAUACAACCUACUCCUUGGUCUGGCAGCAAAAAUGGCUGAAGAACCUUUCAGGCUUCUGAUUGUUGAUUCGGUAAUUGCAUUGUUUCAAGUGGAUUUUGUUGGAUAA